AUGCUGCUGCCGUUUCAGCGGGGAAUGGAUGCAGAAAUGGGGCGCAGUGUGUGUGGAUACACACUGGCUGGGUUAAAUGAAGGUGAGGGUGAAGUGAAGGUUGUUCAGAUCCUUUCCAGUGAAAACUUAAAGGCUGUUUCCAGAUCUGAUGGUCCUGCUAGUUUCACAGGAGAGGACAGUGCAGAGUUUCACAUUCACGGGGGUCCUGCUGUUAUCAGUGGAGUCUUACAAGCACUUGGCAGUUUGCCAGGUCUGCGGCCUGCAGAAGCGGGUGAAUUUACCCGACGGGGGUUCUGUGCUGGAAAAUUGGACCUUAUUGAAGUAGAGGGUCUUGGUGACCUGAUCCAUGCUGAGACAGAAGCACAGAGGCGUCAGAUGGCAGGAGACCUGGGCAGCAUUUACCAAGACUGGAGUGUUCGGCUAAAACGGUGCUUGGCACAUGUAGAGGCAUUCAUUGAAUUCAGUGAGGAUGAACUCAUAGAGGACGAGAUAUUAAAUGUCGGUACUAGCAGAAGGGGAUGUUUGGAUAUCACCACACUUCCUGCCCCGAAUUACCCCACAUUCAUCAGCCCUGUUAUUGUUUGCGGUCCAGCUUGCAGCGCUGUGCUCUGCUCUCAGAGUCCUGCUGCCAUAGUGUCUCCCACAGCCGGGACCACCAGAGAUGUGGUGGAGGUCCCGCUGGACAUCGGGGGGUGUGACACCGCAGACAGCGUGGAGCAGGAGAGUGUCCGGCGCGCCCAUCAGCGGGUGGAGCAGGCAGAUCUGUCUCUUGUGGUCGUCAACUUGCCGCAGCUUCCUUCAGAGCCCCAGCUUGUGCCCGUCUUCCUCAGUGGACACUUGAAGAGUAUCCUUGAGCGCUCAUCUCACUGGCAGGACUGCAUCCUGAUCCUCAACUGAAGUGACCUCAUCUCCGCCGAGCACAAGCGCAGCAUGCAGGCGGCCCUCGAGGAGGCUGCUGAUGUUCCUCCUGCUUGUUUUUUGUCAUGUCACACCAAAGAUGGCCUUCAGGCGGCAUUACAGAACAGACUAAAGACACUAUGAGUGGAAAUGGUCAGAAAGCAGUUGUAUAAUUAUUCAAAUACUGUAUGUUAUUUAGAUACUGUAAACAGAAGUGAUGCACCGAAAUAUAAAUUCUGGGCCGAAACCAAAACUGAAAAUUCAGCAUGCACUUGGAUAAAUGUUGCUCAAUAAUCAAAUAUAGUUUUGAGUUGUACUGACAUUUAAAUUGCACAUAAGGUCGUUUUUAUAUCCAUUUUUAAAUAACAUAAUUAUGUUUCUACUUCAGUUUGUUUUCAUGACAGAUUUAUUCAAACAUACAGUACAUUAAAUAAUGAAUAUUAAGUAGAAAUAUAAUGCAUGUGAAAUAUUUAGCAAAAUGCUCCUUUCUAGAGUCAUUUUUUCUUGCUGACUAUUGAGUUUAUGGACAUUUCCUGACCCUUUUGAAGAUUAACCAUGGUUUUAAAAAACAAUUACUAUAAUUAAGCCAUGGUUACCACAAAUUAACCAUGGUUUUGCUACACUAACCAUGGUAUUUGUAGUAAAACUGUGGUUAUUCAAAUGCUAAUCAAUACAUCAAAAAACAUGGUUACUAUACUUUUACUAUAAUAAAACCAUGGUUAAUUUUAGUAAGGGUAGGUAAAUGUUACGUGACAGUUUACAAGCUGUUUUAUUGAUGUCUUUCUGCGGUUCAGACACAUUUAUUGUGUGUAUUCUGUGAUAAAAUCGCCAGAAUUUGAAAGCUGAGACUUUGAAAGCUUAUAGUGAUUAUCGGAUGGCAGGCGUACAGAUAAUGUUUAGUGAAGUUCACGCAUCAGCAGAAAACAGCUCAAAAUAAAAGACUGAUCUAGAGAUUUAAGAGACCAUAUCAAUAUUGAUUAAAAACAAGAAAUCGAUAUUGUUAAUCCAGCACUAGCGUCCACACAGCUGACAUGUUUACCUGUUGUUCAACCACAGUGUAACAAAAUAGACACUGACACAGUUGGUUGCCUACAUUUUGGUGCAUCACUAAAACAAACCUAAUUAUGACUCGUUCAUAAAGUCUUAUAUCCCUGUCUGUUCAGAUGUGGUGACCCACUCUGACCCAUGUCUUCAAGAAACGGCUAAAAACACAUCUCUUCCAUCUUUAUUUGACCCUCUAACUCUAGCACUCUCUA